AUGUCUCUGAGUAAGACCCUCGAGUUGGAGCAUUUUGACGAGCGUGACAAGGUUCGCCGAGGACGCUCCACCCGGGCCAAGAGAGAUGACUCCACCAGCAGUGCUGGUGGUGGAGGGUCUGGCCCGAGCUCCAGGGGCAGCAGCCUGGUCCCUAGUCCUGCUCACAGCGCCAACUGUAGCUACUACCGGACCCGCACCCUGCAGGCGCUCACCUCAGAGAAACGGGCCAAAAAAGUCCGGUUUUAUCGCAAUGGGGACCGGUACUUUAAGGGUCUGGUGUACGCUGUUUCUAGUGACCGGUUUCGAUCGUAUGAUGCUCUGCUAAUGGAGCUCACACGGUCAUUGGCAGAUAACCUGCAUCUGCCUCAAGGAGUGCGGGUGAUCUACACUAUAGAUGGCAGCAAGAAGAUCACCAGUAUGGAUGAGCUGGUGGAAGGUGAAUGCUACGUUUGUGCCUCUAAUGAGCCUUACCGGAAGGUCGACUACACCAAGAUCUCCAUCCCAAGCUGGAAGCCCGGUGCCAGCACUGGGAUAGCUUCGGCAAGCUCAAGCAAAACCUCCACGGCAUCUACGGGAGUGUCGACGAGCGUCUCCAAAGAUCGCCCCGAAAGUCGAGAGGGCAGAGAGGGCAGAGAGGGCAGAGAGAGCAAAGACUUCAUCAAACCCAAGUUGGUGACGGUGAUCCGCAGCGGCGUGAAGCCUCGCAAGGCGGUGAGGAUUCUCCUGAACAAGAAGACGGCGCACUCCUUCGAACAGGUGCUGGCGGACAUCACCGAGGCCAUCAAGCUGGACUCCGGAGCAGUGAAGAGGCUCUACACGCUGGAUGGGAAACAGCUGACCUGCUUGCAGGAUUUUUUCGGGGAUGACGACGUGUUUAUGGCCUGCGGUCCAGAGAAGUUCCGCUACGCUCAGGACGACUUUGUGCUCACUCACAGCGGGAAAACACAGGCCUUUGUUAAUGAGUGCAGGGCCAAAGUGCCUCGCUCGUCUGCCCCUCAGAAAACAACCAAGAGUCCCAGCGGCUCCGGCUUCUCCUCCUCUAGGACUCCACCCAAAGGCCCGUCCAGGACAAAGUCACCUGGCCCAGCCAAUGAGGCCUCUGGAAAGUCAUCCAGGUCCAGUCCGUCCACCAGCCCUGGGACCCGACGGAGUCUCAAGAUGUCACCUCGUCGUGCUUCCUCCACUGAUGUAAACGGAGAGGCCGAGCAGCCAGACGACACUGCAGAAGGUGAAGUGAACGGCAAUCGAUCAGUUUCUUCCUCCACCAUCAAUGAGAAGUACAAAGUUGGAAAGGUGAUUGGAGAUGGAAACUUUGCCGUGGUGAAGGAGUGCGUGGAGAGGUCGACAGGACAGGAGUACGCUCUGAAGAUCAUCGACAAAGCUCGCUGCUGUGGGAAGGAGCACCUCAUAGAGAACGAGGUGGCGGUCCUGAGGAGAGUUCGACAUCCGAGCAUCAUCCAGUUAAUCGAGGUGGAUGAAACGCCCACUCAGCUCUUCCUGGUCAUGGAGCUCGUCAAGGGCGGUGAUCUGUUUGACGCCAUCACUUCCUCCACAAAGUACAGCGAGCGAGACUCCAGUGCCAUGGUUUUCAACCUGGCCGGAGCCAUAAAGUACCUGCACCGAAUGAACAUCGUGCACCGAGACAUCAAACCAGAGAACCUGCUGGUGUGUGAGUAUCCAGACGGCACUAAGUCACUGAAGCUGGGGGAUUUUGGUUUGGCGACAGUCGUAGAAGGACCGCUGUACACCGUGUGUGGCACACCGACGUACGUCGCCCCAGAGAUUAUCGCCGAGACCGGUUAUGGCCUGAAGGUGGACAUCUGGGCAGCAGGUGUGAUCACCUACAUCCUGCUGUGUGGAUUUCCUCCUUUCAGAAGUGAGAAUAAUGUCCAGGAGGAGCUGUUUGAUCAGAUCCUCAGAGGGAAGCUGGAGUUUCCGUCUCCAGACUGGGACACCGUCAGCCUGCCCGCAAAGAUGCUGAUAAGUCAGAUGCUGCAGGUGAAUGUUGAUGCCCGUUUCACUGCCGAGGAGGUCCUGUCGCACCCCUGGGUGACGGAUGAGGCACCCUUAGAAUCCAACACUGUGAGCAGCACUGAAGACCAGAGCAGUGGGGACACACUGGAUCCAGAGCAGGAAUCCCCAGUACUGGAAACCAAGCAAGUUCCUUCACCUCUGGUCUAAAACACAUCCCCCUUUCACUGAACGGAAGAACAGAACAGUCUUUGUUUGGUCCACUGGAAACCCAAAACCUUUCUUUAUGUUUGGAUAUCUGAUGAAUUCCCAGACCAGAUGAAUUUCCUCUGGUCUAGUACCUGUUAUAUAACAUCUUGUCACCUUAAUUUGGAACCUAAAUGAGUUUUUUUGUCUGAAAGUCAGCAAGUCUGAUUGGAACUCUGACUUUUUCUUGUCCGUGUCUGAAACCAAACCAAUUACUACCCCUUUGUUAUUUAAUUUCACCUUCAGGUAACAGAACAGAACAUAUCUGGAUCGAGCUAAAGAAAUUUACCCACCUGUUCCUCCUAGAGACCAAAAAGAGAUUCCUUCAUCUGAAAUAAAUCCAGUUAAAUCUACUUGACAUCAAACCAGCCCCAUCAUGCCUCAUUAAUUAUUUCAGUUCUAUUCCACAAAUAAUACCAUUUUGCCUACGAGAUAUACAGUAAAACAGGUGCC